AUGACUUCCUCUGCUGUUAGUGAUGUUGAAAUAUAGAAAUAGGCAUAAUAAUAAUAAAAUAAUAUAAUUGCAAUAUUGAAAUCUGGUAAUGCAACAGUUGUGAAUGAAAAAUUGUAAAGAUGUAAAGAUUUUAAGGAGGGUAAAGAUAUUGCUAUUCCAUUUUGCUAUAAAGGUAAAUAUUAAAUGAUGAAAGUAUAGAAAACUCACCAAAGGAAGAGUUAGUACUAGAGCAUGUUUAAUAAUUUCAAAAACAGUUUCAAUUACAUUAUGAUGAAAAGAGAAAUCUGUUCCUUUAUCCUAAAAAUGAAUGUGAUUUGUACAAAUUUAUCUGUACAACAAUUCGUCCUUAAAAAAUUGGAUAUUUGGAGCUUUAUAAUUACGAAUAGUGUGCUAGAUAUAUGAGUUUUUUUAUUGCUUAUGAAUAAUUGGAUCCUCCUGAUUAAUUUCCUAAGGUUAUACCAAGUCCAACAAAUGUAGCUAGAUGGUAAAAAGGAGAUUGUUUUGAUUUAUCUAUAUUACUUUGUAGUGUUUUAAUAGGAGUUGGUUAUGAUGCUUAUUGUGUUUAUGGAACAGCUCCUAGGUCUAUUACAAGUAAAAAUGAGUCAGAUCUUGAUUAUAUAUUCAUAAAUAAUGGAAUAAAAGAAGAUGAUGAAGAUAAAGAUAAAGAUAAUGAUGAACUUAAAGAUAAUGAAUUUGCUAUUCUUCCAAAAGAAGAAAUUAUUUCUAAAUAUGAUACAAAAAUACAAAAGUAAAAAGAAGAAUUUGAAAAAGAAUAAAGAAGAAUAGCUUUAACUAUAGAUGAUGAUGAACCUGAUUAAAUGGGAUAAGAUUAUUAUGCUGGUAGAAGAAUUCAUUGUUGGAUUCUUUUGAAAGCAGGUAAAAGAGGAGUUGAAAGAAAUCUAUUUAUUGAACCUUCUACAGGAAGAAUCUAUUAGAUUAAUGAAAGUCCUUUUUUGGCUGUUGAUGCAGUUUUCAAUAAUAGAAACUUUUGGAUUAAUAUGAAACUUGAAUCAAAGGUGGCUGAUUUAAAUUUUGAUGAAAUGGAUACUUCUAUGAAUUGGGAAUAUGUUAUGUUAGAUACAAUGGUAGAAUAAGCAUAAUAAGAUGAUGAAGAUUAUAAUUAUGGUGAAGAUCAUAAUCAAUAAUAAAAGCAAGUGGAUCCACAAUAAUAACAAUUAUAAGAUAUAGCAUAAAUCUUAGAUAUGCCUCCUUCAUGGCCACCUAAAAUCUUUAUUGAUAAAGAUGCUUUUCUUAAAGGAACUCCAUUGGGAGAAUCAACAGUCUUUUAUAAGAAAUGUAAAAUAGACUCUUUUGCUCCAUAUUCAUAAGAAAAAGAUGGAUUAGUUUAAAGAUUUACUAUCUAUCAAGAUUAUAAAAGAUUGAAAGUAUAAGAAAUAAGAUACUUUUAUAAACAUAGAUCUGACAAAUUAGUAUUGAAAAGAAGAUUUCCAUAUGAAUUUAAGACUAUUGAGGAAUAUGAACCUGGUAAUAAACCAUAACGUAAGACUAUUACUACAAUCGACAGAUAAUUGAGAAUCAUUGUUUAUUAUCCUACUAGAAAUCAUGAUGGAUUAAUCAAAAGAAUUGAAAAAAUAGGAGAAAAGACUAUAGAAGAAUAUGAAAAUAGAGAUGAUCGUGUUAUUUAUAGAUCUGUUAGGUUUGAUCCUAAAGAUAAGAAAUUUGAAUAAAGAGAUUUAACACAUAAUGAUAGAUAUAUGGGAUAAGUCAAAAUUACUAAAAUGACUUAAAAAUAUGAAUUAAGUGAAUUAUAUCCAGCUAGUGAAUAACCAUAAAAGGUUGUUAUUGAUUUACAAAAAAAUAUUAUUAAGUAUUAAUAUCUUUGAUUUUAGAGUUUAUUAUCAUAUGAAUAAAGGUGAAAUCAAUCCAUAAUUCAAAGAGUUAAAAAGGGAGAACAUGCAUAGUUUAGGUAAAUUAACUGAACCUGGGGUUGAGAAAAAAAAUGAAGAUGCUUUGGUAUCUUAAGAGAAUUAACGAAUAGCUAAUUUAGGUAAAUUAUAAAUAAUAUCUUUAUUAAGAGAAGGAAUGUUUAACACAUAUAAAAAAUUAAGAGGAUGAAGUCAAAAAAGAUGAAGAAUAACUUCGAUCUUAAGAUUUAAAAUUGGAGAAAACUCUUCAUGAUAAAGCCAGAGAAAGAUAUAAGGAAACAUUAAAGAAAUCAGAAGAGGAAAAGUAAAGAGAAUAAGCAGAUAAAGAUUACUUAUAUCCAUAUUUAGAAAAAAGAAAACUUUAAGGAAAGGAAGUUCUAUCAUACAAUGAGGCUUUAGAAAUAUAAAAAGAUGUCAUGACUAAAUUAAAAGAACGGUAUCAUAUUGAAUAUCUAUUAUUUAUAGUUUAUUAUCAAGAGCUGCUAUCAUUUAGAAAAAACUUGAAGAAGAAAGAGCAAAAUUAGAUUAAGCAGAAUAAAUGUAAUAAAAGAAAUCAGAUCCUGAUGAUAAUGAAUAUAUUAACAUUCAAUUUAGAAUAGAUAUUUUAGAAUAAAGAGCUAUUAGAUUUGAAUCAUAGGCUCUUCUUAAAUAUGAAGAAAUGGAUAGAAAAUUAAAGGAAGAUAAAAGAUUAUCAGAACUAAAGAAGAAAUGA